AUGAUGUUUAACUCUUGCAAACUGUACCAGCUGAGGGUGUUUUCAUCCACAGUGAAGCAGGAAGCAGAGAGAGAGGAGCACUAUGAUAGGCUGUUGCCUCUGCCCAUAUGGCAGCGGGUAUGCUUGUCAUUUUUCAGUCGAUUAGAGACCACUUAAUAUUAUGGCCAAGAAGUGGCGUGUUAAAGUUAGGCAAGAGGAGAGAAAGAGUGGUGGUGGAGAUAAAAAAAUGAGUGCAGUUAAAAAGGUGGUGGAGGAGUUGGUGGAAUUGGAGAUGGAGUCUGAGAGGAGCAGAAGGAAAAGGCAAAGAAAUUACUGAAAGAGGAGAAAAAAAAAGGGAGAGGAGAUGAGGAAAAGCGCCAUGGAGAGGUUAAGCAAGACCAAAAAGAGACAAGAAGACACAGAAAAGAUGAGGAGAAAAAAGGAGAAAAAAAGGAGAAGAUCAGGAGGAGAGGCAAUAGAGCGCUUGAGAGAAAAGGGAGAGACUGUGCACGGGAUGAAGGAGCAAGAAUU